AUGACCAACAGGUGUGUCCUCCAAGCCGCUCUCCUGCUGUGCUUCUCUAUCACAGCCCUGUCCAUCCGCUAUGACUUGCUUCAACUCCAACAAAGCUGGAGCAGUUUGGAAAGCCAGAAACUCUUGCUGCAGCUGAAUGGGACAACUCAACUAUGCCUUGAUGAUAGGAUGGACUUCAAGGUCCCUGAGGAGAUUAUGGAGCCACAGUUCCAGAAAGAGGACACAGCUAUCAUCAUGUAUGAGAUGCUCCAGAAUAUCUUCGAUGUCUUCAGAAAAAAUUUCUCCAGCACUGGGUGGAAUAAAACCAUCGUUGAGACCAUCUAUGGUGAAGUCAAUGAGCAGAUGGUCCAUCUGAAGACAGUGUUGGAGGAAGAACACUCAACCUGGAGAACCCGCAUGACCAUCAUACACCUGAAGAGGUAUUACCGGAGGAUCAGGAGGUACCUGGAGAAUAGGGAGUACAGCAGCUGUGCCUGGAAGGUGGUCCAAGCAGAAAUGCUCAGGAACUUUUCCUUCAUUAAGAGACUUACUGAUGUCUUCCAGAAUUGA